AUGCCUGUUUCUUCUGUGGCUAGUUCGACGUUUGUGGCCUAUGCUCCAACAGUUUUGUACACCUGUCCACCCACUGAUAGGACACCAUCACAGGAUAUUAACUUUUCUUCGAAUCAGCUGGGGUGUGAACUCCUCCCAGAAUUUUCUUUGGCCACCCGUCUUUGCGUUGGUGUUAUCUUAGUGGCGGCAUUAUUCUUCACCUUAUCUGGGAGCUUUUGCGUGUGGCUGCUUAGUGAGACGCCAUCAACUUACUAUUAUAACUACGGGGCGAUUAGUGGUGACGACGUGACAGAUCCGUUUUAUGGAAGAGGGUCUAGGGGUUGGAAACCCCGUCGCCACUUGCGGUCAUCUGAGAACCUUCUAUCCUCCCCACUACUUCAUCCUGACCCAAGCGACUCCACUGCCCCUGUCAGCAAUGUAUCUGCCAAUGGAAACGUAGCUGUCAACGUAUCCACAGGUUUUGGAGGUUGUGGAAGGCGACCAAAUCAGUAUAAAUUACGCAGGUUGCUUAGGCUUGUUCCUGCCAUCCCUGCCGUUUUUCUCAUCAGCUGCCUGAUCAUGGGUCCUCUCGUCAGUCGCUUCGACACAUUCAGGACUCCCACUGCGUAUCUGUGUUUCUUUUCAUUCAUUUACGGGGUUGCUUUUGCCCUGAUGUUCGUUUUUAAAAACAUGGCUUUUGGCUUAUCAGUCGCAAUUACUGGACUCUAUAUCUCCCUUUCGUGCAUCGCAAUGUUGUUUUAUCCUAAUUCCCUACUGCCCUACGUCCUUUUGGAUCAAUUUCUGAUUUUCACUUGGCCUAAUGAACGUCUCAAGGCAAAUGACAUCUCGGUCUAUGGCAUCAAUGACUCUAUAUUUCUGGCCGCCUGGUUGUGCGGAAGUGUCAUCGUGGGAUUCAUAACCAUGUGUACUCUCCGUUUAACUGAUUCGUGGGACCACAACGCAUCUAGAGGUCAGAACCCCGUCCCACCACCCACAGUUCCAACUUCAAAUAUCUCCUGGCUUCGCCGUCAGCGUUUAAGGUUCGCAUUUUACCGGAAUCGCGGUGAACCAACGAGUUCAGUUGUGACUGCUUCAUCGACUGAGGUCCCGGUUUUUGCGAAUUCGACUUUUCCAACACCAAUGGAGGAGCAGCAAAACUUUGCUUCUACGGCAUGGCCACCGCAGCCCUUCACUGAGCAACCGCUGGUUUCAAUUGCCCCUGGUGAGCGCCGCGCAUUUCAAGACAGGUAA